UUUUUUUUCCUUUUUCUUGUUUCCGGUGCUCCCGCCAUGGCGGCUCCGAACACCCUGUCGCUCUUCACCAGCCUGGGCCUCAGCGAGCACAAAGCCCGCGAGACACUCAAGAACACCGCUUUGAGCGCGCAGCUGCGCGAGGCGGCGACCCAAGCUCAGCAGUUUCUGGGCUCCACCAUCGACAAGGCUACCGGGACCCUGCUAUAUGGGUUGGCCUCCCGACUCAAGGACCCUCGGCGUCUCCCUUUCCUCGUGGGCUAUGUCGCCAGUAAGAAGAUCCACACCGAGGCCCAGCUGAGUGCUGCCCUUGAGUACGUGCGGAGUCACCCCCUGGACCCAGUCGACACUGUGGACUUUGAGCAGAAAUGUGGUGUGGGCAUCAUGGUGACCCCAGAGCAGAUUGAGGAAGCUGUGGAGGCCACCAUAAAUCGACACCGGCCCCAGCUCCUAGUAGAACGUUACCGUUUCAACAUGGGGUUGCUGAUGGGAGAGGCUCGGGCUGUGCUCAAGUGGGCGGAUGGCAAAAUGAUCAAGCAUGAAGUGGACAUGCAGGUCCUCCACCUUCUGGGUCCCAAGAUGGAGGCUGAUCUGGAGAAGAAGCUCAAGGUGGUGAAGGCUCAACCAGAAGAAACUGACCAGAAGACAACUAAGGAUGUGGUGGAGAAUGGUGAGGCUGCUGGCCAGGCCCUCUCCCUGAUGGAACAGCUCCGGGGGGAGGCGCUCAAGUUCCACAAGCCUGGUGAGAACUACAAGACCCCAGGCUAUGUGACUACCUCACACACAAUGGAUCUCUUGAAGCAGCACCUGGAGAUCACUGGAGGGCAGGUGCGUACCCGGUUCCCACCAGAGCCCAAUGGAAUACUGCACAUUGGACAUGCCAAAGCCAUCAAUUUCAACUUUGGCUAUGCCAAGGCCAACAAUGGGAUUUGCUUUCUGCGCUUUGAUGACACCAACCCUGAGAAGGAGGAAGCAAAGUUCUUCACUGCCAUCUGCGACAUGGUGGCCUGGCUGGGUUACACACCUUACAGGGUGACAUAUGCUUCUGACUACUUCGAGCAGUUGUACACCUGGGCUGUGGAGCUCAUCCGCAGGGGCCAGGCCUAUGUGUGCCACCAGCGAGGAGAAGAGCUUAAAGGCCACAACCCAUUGCCCUCACCCUGGAGGGACCGUCCGGUGAAGGAAUCGCUGCUGCUGUUUGAGGCAAUGCACAAAGGCAAGUUUGCAGAGGGUGAGGCCACACUGCGCAUGAAGCUGGUGAUGGAGGAUGGCAAGAUGGACCCUGUGGCCUAUCGAGUCAAGUAUACACCGCACCACCGCACAGGGGACACCUGGUGCAUCUACCCCACCUACGACUACACACACUGCCUCUGCGACUCCAUCGAGCAUAUCACCCACUCACUCUGCACCAAAGAAUUCCAAGCCCGACGAUCCUCCUACUUUUGGCUGUGCAAUGCACUGGAUGUCUAUUGCCCAGUGCAGUGGGAGUACGGCCGCCUCAAUCUACACUAUGCUGUUGUCUCUAAGAGAAAGAUCCUACAGCUUGUGGCAGCUGGUGCUGUACGGGACUGGGAUGACCCACGGCUUUUCACACUCACAGCCCUGCGGCGGCGGGGCUUUCCACCUGAGGCCAUCAACAACUUCUGUGCCCGGGUGGGGGUGACAGUGGCACAGACCACAAUGGAGCCACAUCUGCUGGAAGCAUGUGUGCGUGAUGUGCUGAAUGACACAGCCCCACGGGCCAUGGCUGUGUUGGAGUCACUACGGGUUGUGAUCACCAACUUUCCUGCUGCCAAGUCCUUAGACGUCCAGGUGCCCAAUUUCCCAGCUGAUGAGACUAAGGGCUUCCAUCAUGUUCCCUUUGCAUCUGUCGUCUUCAUCGAGCAAACAGACUUCAAGGAGGAGCCAGAGCCAGGAUAUAAGCGCCUGGCAUGGGGCCAGCCCGUGGGCCUGAGGCACACAGGCUAUGUCAUUGAGCUGCAGCACAUUGUCAAGGGCCCCAAUGGGUGUGUGGAGAGCCUGGAGGUGACCUGCAGACGGGCAGAUGCUGGAGAGAAGCCUAAAGCCUUUAUUCACUGGGUGUCACAGCCUUUGACGUGCGAGAUUCGCCUCUAUGAGCGACUAUUCCUGCACAAGAACCCUGAGGAUCCUGCUGAGGUACCUGGUGGAUUCUUAAGUGACCUGAACCCGGCAUCGCUACAAGUGUUGGAGACAGCAUUAGUGGACUCCUCUGUAGCCCUGGCAAAGCCCUUCGACAAGUUCCAGUUUGAGCGGCUUGGGUACUUCUCUGUGGAUCCAGAUAGCUGCCAUGGACAGCUUGUCUUCAACCGGACUGUCACACUGAAGGAGGACCCAAGGAAAGUAUGAACUGGAGAUGCAGUAGACCCCUCCCUUGGUCCCAGAAGUUGAGAAUACUUUCCCCACUGUAGACUCCAUGUCAAUAAAGAAAAGCUGAAUCCCCCUGGA